AUGAUAUCUAUAUAUUCUAAAAUAUGUUAUUUAAAUAUUAAAAUAUCUUUUUCAAGAGAGUAUAAUUGUAAAUUAUAUUACAUUUUAUGUAUAGAAUUGAUUAAUUUUCAUUUUGUAAUUAGUUAUACAAUGUAAUAAUAAAUAUCAAUUUAGGAAUGUUAAAGAGAGAGUGUUAUUAUUGGAGAAAUAAAAAAAAGAAAGAGAAGAAGCAGAACAAUCUAUGAAAAUUGCUAAAUCUACUUAGAUUACUAAAGUAUUAGAGGAUUAACCUUAAAUAUAAAAGUAUUAUAUAUACAUUAUUCAAAAGUACUUAAUCACAAUAACAGGAGAAAGAAUAAAUAAAUCGAGAAAAUGAUGUAAUAAACACUUUAAAUAAAAAGUUUAAUGAAAAUCAUUAAAUAAGAGAUUAAAUAGAUGGAUAGUUAUAAAAAUAAAAUGAAAUGUAAACAAUAAUUGCUUAAGAUUCAGAUGAAGAAAUUGAGAAGAAUGAUUAAAUAUUUGUAAAUGAAUUGAUUUCAUAAGUAAAUGAAAAAGAAUUACAAAGUGAAGACAGGAUUUAUGUCAGUAUGAUAAAUAAUGAAUUUACUACUGAAAUUAAGAAAUCUUAAAGAUAAUCAAUGGAUUUAUAAUAAAUUAAUAUUCAUGAUCGAUCAUAAUCUAUUUUAAAAUCAAACUUGAUAUUAAAUAAAUUAAACUAAUUAAUUUUAGUAAGAGAUGAUAAUGAUUAUCUAUAAAAUAUUGAUAAGAUUCUAUAUAUUUAAAGAUUUGUAAGAUAAAAAUUAGAAAAAGAAUAAAAGGAAAGAAUUGAAAAAGAAUAACUCUUUAUUGAAAAAAUGAAUAGGUAUAGAAUUAAUGUAUUAAAUGAAUUAAUAUAAACUGAAAUUAAGUAUGUUGCUGAUUUAGAGAUAUUAAAUAUGAUUAAAAAUCUAUCAAUUGAAAAAUUUCCAAAUAAAGAAGAUGAUAUAAAAGUUAUGUUUCAUAUUAAUGAGAUUCUUUAAUUUAAUACUGAAUUUUUGAGUGAAUUAUAAAAGAAUAAUAAUCUUAAGGAUCCAAAUGCUAUUUUAAUCAAAAACAUAAUUCCACUACUUAAUGGAUUUAUAUUCUACUAUGAAUAUUGUAAAGCUUAUAAUCAAACUAGAAAAAUAACUAUUUAAUAUGAAGCUAUGCCUGCCUAUUAAUAAUUUCUCAAAGAUAUCAAAAUACAAAAUUUAUUAAAAGGCUUAACAUUAAAUGAUUAUAACAUUAAACCAGUUUAAAGAUUACCUAAAUAUGUACUAUUAUUCAAGGAUUUAUUGAAACAUACUAUGCCAUCACAUCCUGAUUAUUAAAAUGUGAAAUUUUGUUUAGAUACAAUUGAAAAAAUUAAUGAUAAGAACAAUAAUGAAAUGGAUGUCUAUUUAAAAUAAGCAAAAUUAAUUGAAUUAUAUUAGUAAUUUGGCAGUAUUUAAAAUUUAUCUGUUUUUAAACCUAAUAUAUUUUUUAUCUUUGAAGAUAUUUGUUAAAUUUAUACAAAAAAAAUCAAAUAAAGAAUCAUUAUCUAUGCAUUUAAUAAUUUACUUUUAUUUGCCAAAAAAAAUAAAGUAAAUGCCUUAAAGUAUAAACUUCAUAUUCCAAUAACUUAAUAAUCUUAUAUAAAAAAUAUGAAAGAUUCAUUAAUUUUAAAGAAUUCAUUUGAGGUUGUGACACGUAAUGAAUCAAUUAUAAUAGUAAAUGGGGAUUAAAAUACAAAAUAAAUACUUAAGACAAAAAUUGAAAAUAUUAUAAAUUAAUAAAUUGAAUUAUUUCAAUCAAAAAAAGAUAAAAAGUAAGAGAUUAAUUAUUGUGUUAAAGUAGAAAUGAUAGGAACUCAAAAAAAUCCAAAAUUAAAUAAGAAUGUUACAUUUUAUUAAAUAAACGUUACAAUUGAUACUGUUACUAUUGUAUGUCUAAUUAGAUUUAGUUAAGUUAAGAAUUUAUUAUAAAUUGUUAAUAAAUUUGAUAAUAAAUUGAAAAUUCCAAAUAUAACUAAAAGUUCAUCAAAAAAUUAAAAAGCAAUUGAUGAAAGAAAGUUAAGGAUUGAAUAAUUAUUAUAAAUUGUUUUUAAUUCUACAUAGAUAAUUGAAAAUAAUGAAUAUCAGAAAUAGGUUUUGGAAAUAUUGAAAAUUGAUUCUAAAUUUUAUAGUUUACCAGAACAAAAAAGAUUAAAACCUGAAUUAUUUUAGAGUAUAUGCAAAUUGAAAUAAAAUUAAGUUAAUUCAUAUUUAGAAAUUCUUUAAGAAUUACAACAAUAAACAUAUAACUUAAAAAUAAAUAAAGAUGAUUAAUAAGUUAAAAUUGGUAAUGAAGCUCUAUAAUAACCUUAUUGUAUUGAAAUAACACUAUUGACUGGAUAAAAUUUAUAGGUUGGAUUCAAAAAAAAUACAUUAACAUGGUUUAUAAAAAAUGCAAUAGCAAAUCACAUUAAUUUAAAAUAUUUUGUUGACUUUAAGAUAUUUAUUGUGGAUACAGGAGGAAUAAUUAGAGUAAUAGAAGAUGAUGAAAAAAUAUCAACAUUUUUAGAUAAGAGUAAAACAGGAUUUCUUUAAGUAUUGAAAAAGAUGUUUAAAAAUGGAACUAAAUUUUAAUUUAUAUUUAGAAAGUAUUUAUAUUUGCCAUAGAAAUAAGAGGAAUUAGAAUAUCGUUAGGAUGAAACUAGAUUAAAAUAUUUAAUGUUUGAAAUAGUAUUUUAAGCAAAAAAUCAAAUAUUUCCUUUAAGCUUUUUAGAUUUUUGUUUAAUGACAGCUUUUUAUUCUAUUGCAACCCAAUAAAAAAUUGAUAAAAAUUUAUUGAAAAAAGCAUUGCCUAAUACUGUAAUUAAAUAACAUUCUGAAAAACUUUGGUUUGAUCAGAUUUAAAAGGAGGUAGCAUUUCGAGAGAAAUAAUUAUAAGAAUUUUUAAUAAAAUAAUAAUAGUAGUAAUAAAAUUAAAAGAAUAGUACUAUUUAAGGUUUGUCAAGCUAAUUGAUGAUAGCUUGUUUUUAGACUAAUAUAUUGUAUGGAAUGUAAUUAUUUUUUGUAGAAUGUACAAAAGAAACUAUUUAAAUAUUUUAGUAAAAGGAAUUUGGCAUUAAAUUAAGCCCUCAUAUUUUAAUAGGUAUUUAUAUUUAUAAUUGAAGGUUUAAAUUAUAAUGGUUUUCAUUUCAUAAGACCAGAGAAUAGAGUUGUGCUUAUUAAAAUUGAUUAUGGUUUGAUUUCAGAAAUUAAAUCGUUUGUUAUUGAGUUUACUUGCAAAAUAAAAAAUUGCAAUUUAAUUUUUAAGACAUAAACUCCUUAUGAAGUAAAAUAUUCAGUUUAAUAGUUAGAUUAAACACUUAAUUUUAGAAUAUUAGGAAUUAAUUAAAAUUCUAAAUUCUUGA